UGUCGUCUUAUCUACGUUCUGUUCUGUUCUGUUCUGUUUUUAUCUUUGGUUUUCUGUGUUCCUUAAUAAUAAUGCGGGAGAGAGCAUUAGUGAUUGUGUGGUGGCAUGUAUGCAUCCUAAUUGCUAUGUAUGGAUUUUAAAUAAACUUUGUUUUGAUUGAAGCGUCUAAAUGUGAAGUCGUAUUCACGAAGGAGAGAUUACUAGAUCAGUAAAAUCGUUUGGAACCAAUGAAAGAAAAGUUCUCAAAAAACAAGAAUCACGAGAAGAUUAUAUGGUGGAUUUCUUUGUCGCUUUCACUACAGAAGACAGUUUUUGUUUUUACUCCCUCACGAGACGCAUUCUCCGCUGACGCUUGUGCGAAAAAAGAGUAUAAUAGAGGGCUAUUAUUAGUAGAGCUGGUGACCACGUUUCAAUCAUGCAAGUGUAGUGGCCCUACAAAAACAAAAUUAUAAAAAGUGUGUUGUGUUCUCAACCGAUUUUGGGAGGACAUGGCAGCCUAAAGCACUAAAAACACCUCCAUCAUCAGCUCAGUUCCCUCACUUUGAGGUUUGAGUGAAGACUCCACUACGAUCGAGUACACAUACAUUAUCUUUUUUUUUUUUUGUCACUAUUCAACCAAUAAUAUAUCAUCUAGACGUGUCGAGUUUAAAGUUUAAACAACAAAAAAAAAGAGUUACAAUAAUUCACACUUAGGAUGCUUUACAAAUUCAUGGAGAACUUUUCAUCCGCCCUACUGUAGUUGAUACACCACUAGCAGCAUUAAAAUACGAGAUAUUGUUAAGUUACUCUAAGACUAGUGAUAGAAAUUAUAUAAUUACCACACUUUGAUUUUCUUAAACCGUUUCAUAUGGUUGGCCACAAUAGUUUUAGUAAUUUUGAAUGACACCCUAACAAGGCUACAGGUAAAAGACGAAUCAAGAAGAAGAGCUUCACCGAUCGCAAACAAUGGCAGACGAAGUGAUCCUUAUGAGUUUCUGGCCGAGCAUGUUCGGAAUGAGGACAGUGUUCGCGUUAGAGGAGAAAGGAGUGAAGUACGAGUAUAGAGGAGAAGAGGAUGUGAUCAAUAACAAGAGUCCCUUGCUUCUAGAGAUGAAUCCGAUUCACAAAAAGAUCUCGGUUCUCAUCCACAAUGGUAAACCGGUUUGUGAAUCCAUUAUCCAAAUCCAAUACAUAGACGAAGUCUGGUCCGACAAGAACCCAUUCCUUCCUACUGAUCCUUACCAAAGAUCUCAAGCCUUAUUUUGGGCCGAUUUCAUCGAAAAGAAAUUGUUCCUUUGUGGGAGGAAGACUUGGGCAACGAAAGGUGAGGAGCUAGAAGCAGCCAAGAAGGAGCUUAUUGAAAUACUCAAGACUCUUCAAUCUGAACUAGGAGAUAAACCUUACUUUGGCGGCGAUACAUUCGGGUUUGUAGACAUUGUGCUGGUUGGGUUCUAUAGUUGGUUUCCAGCAUACCAGAAGUUUGGUAACUUCAGCAUUGAAUCAGAGUGUUCGAAACUGAUGACUUGGGGAAAGAAGUGUAUGCAAAGAGACAGUGUGGCUAAGGCUUUGCCUGAUUAUGACAAAGUUUUUGGUUACGUUUUACAGCUUAAGAAGGUAUAUGGGAUCGAGUAAGAGAAGAUCUCUUUGUUUAGCUAUAUAAGUUGUGUUUAUCUGGAGGUUUUCAUGUUUCUAAUAAUGACAUUGUUG